UGCUCUCCGCGCGUGAUCCCCCCCGCUUCGUCUCGCACCAACUUCCCCACUGGCUUUGGCUGGCUUCUCCCUUCCCCUCUCCUCUCCCUCUCCCGCUCCCGCCUGAUUUUACUAACCGCUUCCGGGAUUAUUAGCGCGCGAGACCCACCGCUAUAAUAACGCCGCUAGCGACUACCCAGUGGCUGCUUAACACGACACGCAUCGUGCUUCUGCCUGGCUGUUAGCGCGGCCGGCUAGCUCCGCUCAGCUCAGCUAGGGUUAGGGUUUGCGGCGAGCGCAUGCGCCUGGGAUGAUGACGCCGCAGCGGUCGCCGGCGGUGAUGGCGGGGGGAGGAGGAGGAGGCGGAGGGGGAGGGGGCGGCGGGGGUGGCGGGACGCCGGCGCUGCACUACCUGAGCGGGCCCUACGGGGACACGACGUACACCAAGGUGUUCGUGGGGGGCCUGGCGUGGGAGACGCGGAGCGAGGGCCUGCGCGCGCACUUCGAGGCCUACGGGGACAUCCUCGAGGCCGUCGUCAUCACCGACCGCGCCACCGGGAGGUCCAAGGGAUACGGAUUCGUGACCUUCCGGGAUCCAGAUUCGGCGAGGAUGGCCUGCAUGGAUCCCUAUCCGGUAAUUGACGGGCGGCGUGCCAACUGUAAUCUUGCCAUCCUGGGGCGACCUGGACCAGCUGUGCCUUUUGGACCUAUAGGGCCGAUCAUGCCAUACAAUGGAGGUGCGGCGGUUCCAGGAGGCAUGUAUGUACCAAGCCCAACAUAUCAGCAACCCCCCUACAACUACUCGCAGGCUCUUGUGUAUCCCCCUUAUGGGCCAUCAACGUAUGGACCGGAAUACUUGUAUCCACAGAAUGCCUAUGGUCCAUAUGUUGGACAACAGUAUGUCCCGGUAUAUGGUGGUCCCAGAACAGUAGGCCCAGCGGUUUACCCGUAUGGGCAGUUUGGCCAACCUGUGCCAAGUGAUCAUUCUUAUUCACCUGGCUAUGUGCCAGGUCACCUUCUCCCACUAUCGAAUCAAAAUGCUGCAAAUGCGCGUGCAUCAGCGGUUCAGCAACAAUAUCCUCCAGGAGCUCCACGCCCUCAGCAACAGCUCUUGCUCCCUGCUCGCGUGCAACAGUUCCCACCAAACAAUGUCUCCGAACAAAUGUCGGGAUGACAAAAGGGAUGCCGGUGACAAAUUGGAGGUACCCUCUAGUCUGCAGCAGGACUAAGAACAGCAGUACUGCUAAUUGGGCGGCGUGCUUCUUUUCUUGCAAACUGUCUUCUUUUUCAUUCUUAAAGGUUGUCCUUAUCCAUGGUUACUUGCAACACUUAUAAUGUGAAUGUUAAGCCGCCCUGUUGGAUGGGGCGGGAAGCACAGAGCAAGAGCUGGAAAAUGAAGCCACUCUUGCUCUGUUCAGUGUCUUGUACAUUCUCCAUCCCCUGCAGGAAUUCUGAUAGCUGGUGGUCUGUGCCUGGGACCAAACUGGAUGCCGGAAAAGGAGUUCGGGCAUCCAACCUGUGUAUAGUAGCAGUAGCUCAUGUAGGGUUCAAAUCUUAGAACAGUUCAAUUCUUUCGGUCGCGUCUGGUUCAUGCUGUGUAUAUCCAUUCUCGUCCUUCUCGUAUCAUGUGUGAAUGUGGUGGUAUAGGUCUUUCAGUGUCAUAGUGUCUUUUCUGUUGGCUGUGUAAAUUAUUAUCCCUAAACUGAACUUGUAUACCAGUUACAUCACCGUGUAAUUAAAUAAGGCCAAUUCUACCCUGUAAAAAUAAUAUGAUUCGUUGCAAGUUGCAACGCAUGGAA